AUGGAGAUGCCCAUGCGGCGGAAGAAGACCGAAGAACCCGCCUACACCUUCACCUUUGAGUUCAAGGACAAGCCUGAAUUCGUUGGCGAGUUGGUCAGCACGGCCAAGCAGCUGCUUCUCGAUACUGGAAAGCUCGUGGACACCCUCUCGCAGGAGUUCAUGGAGGUUCAGGGGACCAGCGGUGGUGCCAUCAAGCAGACCCUCAUGUUCACCGUCGAAAGCGUGCGCAAGAUGGUUGCUCGGCUGGUUGCGAUGAUCAAGUACGGUGUGCAGCAAAACAUCGUGCAAAAUCCCACCCAGGCCAAGUUCCUCCAGGGUGGCGCCACGAGUAUGCAAUCAUCCGCGAACGCCAUGCUCAACGCUGCCACCGCCACUCUCGCCAACAUGGGUGGUACCAGCGAGGAGAAGGUAAAGCGUACGAUGCAGCAGUACUACACCGCAGUCACCCUCUCGGUAAAGAAUAUUCUUCAGGCUGCCGAGUUCUUGAAUGCCAGCACUGCCGUCGAAGAAGUAGAGCCCGAGCCAGCACCCGAGCCUCACAGGCCGGUCUCGACGCAAGGAGCCGCAGCGGAUAAGGGACCCGUAGCUCGAGGCACUCUCAGCCCCGGAUUACGACCCCAAGAAGUCUCCGAAGUGCAAGCUCUGUACAGAAAGACGCACCUCAAGAAGCGACUGCGCUCGCUCGUGAUUGAGUACAAGGACAGCAAGUGCUCGCAGGAACAGAAGCAGCGAGCUCGGGUACUGCGCGAGGUGGUGGCCACCGAACAGACCUACGUGCAGAGUCUUUAUCAGUGCAUCAAGUUCUUCCUGGUGCCGCUCAAGGAAAAGGCCAAGGACAACCGGUGGAUCAUGACCCUCGAGGACGUACAUCGCCUGUUCAGCACCAUCGAGGUCAUCCACCAGUUCAACGCCGAAUUCAGCCAACAGCUGGACAAGCGCAUGGCCGAGUGGCCCAACGUGAACACCUUCGGUGACAUCUUCCUGCAGAUGGUGCCCAUGAUGAAGAUGUACACGACCUACAUCAACGAAUACGACGGCGCCACCGCCGUAUGGACCAAGUACAGCGCCAAGCAAGAGUUUGCCGAUUAUAUCGCGCAACUAAGGAAAAACUCUGGCGGGAGGCUCGAUCUCGUUUCCAUGCUCAUCCAGCCUGUACAGCGAUUGCCCCGAUACGAGAUGUUGUUGAAGGAGCUCCUCAAGCACACGCCCUCGACUCACGUCGACUACGAGAACCUGGUGGAGGCCAUCGAACGCAUCAGGGAACUGAACGAGUACGUCAACGAGAGGAAACGACAGACCGACAACCGCAACUUCAUCAUCAAGCUGCAGGAACAGAUCACCGAGAUGCCUCUGGUGAUGGUGACGCCCUCCCGAAUGUUCAUCAAGCACGGCGAGCUGGCCGGGGCCUCGGUGAAGUUGCCCAAAAAGCGCAAGUCAAUGGUGUUCUUGUUCAACGACCUUGUUGUCCGAGCGAAGGUGGUGAAGGCCAACGAGAAGUACGUCUUCGAGGAGUACGCCGGACUGUCAGGGCUGGGACUGGGAGCGCUACAAGGCCUGAGCUUUGCUCUGAAGCGGCCAGAGGGCGACUGGGAAUUCAACUGUGCCUCGGAGGCUGAGGCGAAGAUGUGGUACGGCGAAUUCAAGAACGUCAUCGAAGCGCGACAGCUGCAGGACAUGUGCAACGACAAAUUGGAGCGCUCCAAGGCCAAGGAAAAGACCUUGCAUAUCUUGAGCGCCACCUACGGCGACCUCAAUGAGCCAAAGUACGCCCUGGAGGUGACCCAGCAGCUUCAGGACAUGUGCGACGCUCAGGGCGGUGAGCUGAUCAUCCCGGGCGGAACCCCCAAGUCGAAACUGCCCGGCUUCGUGGACCCCACUGCCAAGUCCGCGCUGCCCUCCUUCUUCUCCUCGUUCAAGUACAAGAAGCAGCUCCUCGUCGUGUGGUCCGACAGCAAGGGCGCUCACACACGCACGUACGGCGACACGGAGCCGGUGUUCAUCCAGUACGCCUGA